AUGGAUAUGAAGGACAUACGAACACAAAUGGGUCAACUAGCUACUACCGUGAGAAAAUUGGAAGCACAAGCAGCUGGAAAACUUCCUUCACAACCAUUACAUCAUAAGGAGAAUGCCAAUGCUAUUGAUCUACGAAGUGGGAAGCAAGUAAAGAAGCCGGGAACAUCACCAGUGUCCCAUGAACCUGAUUUGGAGAAAGAAGAUGGUGAUAAAAACCCUAAAAAGGCUGACCCGGUAACAAAUUCUAAUUCUAAAACUCGUGUUUUUACUUAUGCUACUCCUCCGCCUUUUCCUAGCAGGCAGGUCCCUCGCUAUGCGAAGUUCUUGAAGGAAUUGUGCACUAACAAGGCCAAGUUGACCGGUAAUGAGGUAAUGAGUGUGGAGGAAAAUGCUUCGGCAUAUCUCCAAAAUAAACUCCCACCUAAGCUGAAAGAUCCAAGUAGCUUCACCAUACCAUGUACUAUUGGUAAAAUCAGGUUUGAACGUGUUAUGCUCGAUUUAGGAGCAUCCAUUAACGUCAUGUCUGCUUCCAUCUAUGAAUCAUUGAAUCUUGGUGCUCUUAAAGAUACCGGUAUUGUUAUACAACUUGCUGAUAGGUCUAAUACUUACCCGAACGGGGUUAUUGAGGAUGUUUUGGUGCAGGUUAACCAGCUCAUUUUUCCGGCUGAUUUCUAUGUUCUUGACAUGAUGGACGAAGAUUCCCCAUCAUCGUCUACCCCCUUGUUGUUGGGUAGACCAUUCAUGCGAACUGCAAGAACAAAGAUAGAUGUUUCUAACGCUCAACAGAUUUUUGAAUUAAAUGGUGAUGAUGCUUUAGAAAACACCAUAAUGGAAGGUUUAGGUUAUGGAAAAUACAAAGACCUUGAAAGUGAAUUGUCUAUUUGUGAUGAGCUUAAAGAGGUUGUUUUAGCUCUUAACUCAUUACAAGAAGUUCCAAAAAAGUAUAAUGCGUCUCAUGUUUCUCUGUCACUUACUAAUGAGAGACUUUUACCGUCGAUUGUGCAGGCACCUAUUCUUGAGUUGAAACCUCUUCUGGAUCACCUCAAAUACAUAUAUUUAGGUGAUAAAGAAGAGCCACCAGUGAUCAUUGCCAAAGACCUUACUAAGGCGCAAGAGGAGAAACUUGUUCGAGUGCUAAGAGAGUACAAGUCUGCCAUUGGGUGGACCAUUGCCGAUAUCAAAGGAAUCAGCCCUUCCACAUGUAUGCACCGAAUACUUAUUGUGGAGGGGGCAAAACCAACAAGAGAGGCUCAACGUCGCUUGAACCCUCCAGUGAUGGAAGUAGUCAAGAAAGAAAUCCUGAAGUUGUUGGAUGUCGGGAUUACCUAUCCCAUAUCCGAUAACAAAUGGGUGAGCCCGGUUCAAGUCGUUCCAAAAAAUUCCGGAAUUACAGUAGUGAAAAACGAUGAUAAUGACUUGGUUCCAACUAGAAUCCAGACAGGUUAUAAUCAGAUUGUAAUAGCUCCAGAAGAUCAAGAGAAGACGACGUUUACUUGUCCGUUUGGCACUUUUGCGUAUAGACGUAUGACAUUUGGCUUGUGCAAUGCUCCAGCCACUUUUCAACGUUGUAUGGAAUGCAAGGAGGCUUUUGACACCUUGAAGGAGCUGUUAACUACCGCACCAAUCAUCAAACCACCGGACUGGAGUAAGAUAUUUGAGUUGAUGUGCGAUUCUAGUGACUAUGUCGUGGGAGCCGUGUUGGGACAGCGAGAUGGUAAAAUUCCAUAUGCCAUUUAUUAUGCUUCUAGAUCUCUCAACGGAGCACAAAUCAACUACUCCACUACUGAAAAGGAGCUCUUGGCCAUAGUAUUUUCACUAGAGAAGUUUAGAUCUUACUUGGUGGGUACAAAGGUGGUUAUCUUCUCCGACCAUGCUGCACUACGAUACUUGAUCACAAAGAAGGAUUCUAAGCCAAGGCUCAUAAGGUGGAUACUCCUUCUUCAAGAGUUCAAUUUGCAAAUCAAGGACAAGAAGGGAAGUGAGAAUACCGUAGCGGAUCAUUUAAGCAGAUUGGUUGUGCCUGAAGAAACGAUUCCUUUGCAUGAUAGCUUCCCGGAUGAGCAACUCUUUGCGGUUGUUGGCACUACUCCAUGGUGCGCAUUCGAAUCCGAGUUCCAAUCAAUUAUGAAUUUUUGUCACUCAUAUGCUUGUGGUGGCCAUUUCGGAACCAAGAGGACGACCCUCAAGGUUCUCGAAAGUGGCUUUUACUGGCCUACAAUGUUUAAGGAUGCAUAUUUAUUUUACAAGGCUUGUGAUAGGUGUCAAAGGACAGGCAAUCUAGGUGCUAGAAACCAAAUGCCGCAAACACCAAUUCUCGCUGUUGAGAUUUUUGAUGUUUGGGGUAUCGAUUUUAUGGGGCCUUUUGAACAUAUCUUUUCUAUAUUUGGUACACCUCGAGUGGUGAUUAGUGAUGGAGGUUCGCACUUCAAGAGAUCCUUUCACGCUCUUCUUAAGAAGUAUAACAUUUCUCAUAAAGUUGGCACACCGUAUCAUCCACAAACAAGCGGUCAAUAUGAAAUUUCCAACCGGGAGAUUAAGUUCAUCCUAGAGAAGACGGUGAAUGUUACAAGGAAGGAUUGGAGUUAUAGACUCAAUGACGCUUUGUGGACGUAUAGGACAGGUUACAAGACACCCAUCGAUACUGCUGGUGAACAUAGGAAACUUCAGAUCAAUGAGUUAGAAGAGAUACGAAAUGAUGCAUAUGAAAGUUCGCGCAUUUACAAAGAAAAGACCAAGGCUUUCCAUGAUAAAAUGAUUUCCCGAAAAAGUUUUGAAGUAGGGCAGAAAGUUCUUUUAUUCCAUUCUCGUCUUAAAUUGUUUCCCGGUAAACUUAGGUCCAGAUGGGUUGGACCAUUUGUUGUUACUAAUGUGUUUGCGCAUGGUGCAUUUGAAAUUAUUAGUCCCAAAAAAGGGCUGGUUUCCAAGGUCAACGAUCAUCGUUUGAAACCAUACUAUGAGCAAUUUGUGACGGAGAAUCAGGAUAUGGUCACAUUGAGUGAUCCACUCCCUCUGGAGGAGUAA